AUGACCACCCAAGCCAGUCCACCCAUUCGUAACGACCCCCCCCCCACCCUCGCCCCUCUUGCAGAUUGGCCUGUGCCUCCCGACAGCAACUCCUGCCGGACCGUCGUCUGGAAGCGCGACCGCUUUCCUCACGGCUGUACGUGGCCGCGGGAGGACGGGCCCCUCGGACAGACGACCUUCCUCGGCCGCUUGCUCUUCAACAAUAAAGGCAACAGGGCCAAGCUAAGCGAAAUCCUGAAGAACUUUGGGGAAUAUGCGGCCUUCAGUGACCAGGCGUCGGCGCUGAAGGCGGGGUCGGACCUGCUGAAGAAGCAAAAUGAAUCUCAGUACUUGCAGAUUGCCGGACAGCCUCACAGCGUCCUGGUCUACGUGACGAAGAGGGGCGACUGGAGAAGUGGCGGGACGACGACGCGCUCGUGA